AUGGGGCCGGAGACAGAUCCCGGCCAUGCUCUCCAGAACAGCUCAGAAGGCCCGGACCAGGGCUGUAGCCCAAGGUCGGAGCCACCGGAAGAAGGCGUGACUGGGCUCCGAGGCCCAGGGAGCAGCGCCGGCCGCCGCGAACCGUCCCUCAGCGCGGGCAGCGUCCUUGCAGGCCUGAGCCGCGGGGCAGAGCCAAGUGGCCACACCGGGCUCGGGGGGGGGCGGCCGCCGCGCCGCCAGGGCCUCCCCGCAGUCGGGGACGGUCCCCACCGCUCAGCCUCGCGCCCGACACAGACCAGGGCGUGCGCAGGGCGGGAGCGCGCGCCUGGAGACGUGCACGAACGGCCCCCGACGUGGGCGUCUCCUCCGCGGAGCCGUGCUGCCCCUGCACUGGGCGCACACGGAGACCCGCCGGGACCCGUCUGCUCAGCCUCAGCCGAAGAUACGCCGUUGCUUCCCGCGACGGUGCGUUUAUGUGUCAAGCGGGCUGGGCCACGGUGCCCAGGGCUCAGUCGGACACCCGAGCAGAUGCGGAUGUGA